AUGGGAAGGAAAUCUCUCCGUGCCGAGUCGUUUUCCGAUAUGGAGGACGGGGGCGCCAAGCUCAACACACCCAUGGACGAUGCGAUGGAAAUAGACAGCACACCAGUCCCUGUAGUAGACAAGAAGAAGGCCGCCGCCGACGCACGUGCCGAACGAGCGGCGAGGAGAAAGCAAAGGAGGGAGGAGCUGGCAGCACAAGGCCAGUCAACAACGUCUUCGCCGGCCAGCACCCCGAACCCUGAAGCCGAAUCUACGUCACCGACAAAGAAGACAAGAAGAAAGAGGCCAGAGAAGAAGAGCAGCCCGAAGAAGUCCGAUACGGCUGAGACGGAAGCCGAUGCUCCAGUUGAGCCCGCAGUGCCCCCAGAAUCCGUCGCUCCAGAGGCCCUCGCCCCUGCCACCGAACCCGUAAAUACGCCCGCGAAUGAAGCCGAGCAUCUCCCCCUCGCUACUGCCUCCAAGCCUGUUAUUGCAAACACAGAAACUAGUAGCCCGUCAGCUUCGGAGCCGGCCACCUCAAUUGCGCCGAGCUCCAUCAACGGGGACGGCCUUAACAGGGCAGCAAGACGACGACUGAUGCAGAUCGAGAGACAACGCAUAUUGAUCAAGAAGGAGCUCGGCAUUGCUGCUGACUCAGACGAGCGCCAGGUCGAGGUGGAAGCCCUGCUGACGGCCUGGACCGAACAGUUUGACGAAAAAGCCGAGGCUCGUGCGGCUAAAAAGCGUGCCAAUAAGGAGGGGGGCAAUGGCAAAGGCAAGGGUAAGCUUCUCACAGGACGAAUCAAUUAUGAGAAGCAGAAGCAGAUAAAGAAGCAGAAACGAAAAGAAGCCCUAAGACGCUGGCAGGAAGCCAGCUCGGGGACAAGCUAG